UGUAUGAUAAAUGAUAAUUGCUCCAUCAGUCCUGUGUUUAUACUUUAAGUUUAUAGGGUAUGAACAAUAAUACCUUUUAAAUACAUUACAAAUUACAAUUUGCGAAUUAAAAGCGAUACUUUUUUCGCUACAAUCAUAACCCGCUAAAACAUAAGUUGUUUUUUGUCAGUUGUUACUAGUUAGCAAAGUUUAGAGAUAACUCUACACUGCAAGUUUGAAUGAGUUUCGUGGAAGAAUCAUAAUUUCAGCAAUAAUGGAAAAAAUUCCAGACAGACUAGGAUAUUUAAUAUUAACAGAGGAUGGUGCUGUACUAGAAUCGGGUGGAGAACUAGAAAACGACGAACGAGUUGCAACCAUUGUUACUGAUCUAAUCAGUUUAUCCAACAGUGUAGAUCCAGUGGCAUUUGCUCCAAAUGAAAAUUUUAAAAAGAUAUCUAUAACAUAUGAGGACCAUUGGUUUAUUAUCUGUUUAUCUAAUAAAAAGAUACAUGUGGUAAAACGUAGCAUACAGGCACCUGCCUCGGAAGGAAUAUCUGUUAAUGUAUAAAAA